AUGGGUAGUAGACGUGCUAAGAACAAGCAAGGUGCUCCACCAAGUUUGGAUGAAUUCCAGGCUAGAAAGGAGAAAAAAUUGAAUAGAACUAAAGAAAAGUCUAAACGUUCUGCUUCUACUGAAGAAAGUGCUGAUUCUAGAUCUUCAAAAAAACAUAAGAAGGAUAAUAAGUCCAAGGAACACUCUCAUAAGCAGAAGAAGGAAUCUAAAAAAGCUGCCGUUGAAGAGGCAGAGGAAGAAGAGCAAGAUGAAGAGGUUCAAGUAGAGGAAGAAAACGAACAACAAGAAGAAAUUUCUGAAGCUAAGAAGCUUUUGUUUGAUGAUGAUGACGAAGAUGAAGAUGAAGGUAAAGAAGGUUUAGAAGAUGAGUUUGAUUUAGAACAAGAAUAUGAAUAUGAUGAAGACGCCGAAGAUGGUCAUGCCAAUCCAAUGUUUUCUGAUGACGAAGAGGCUGAUUUAGAAGAAUUGAAUGCUGCAAACAUGGAAUCCCUAUCGAAACGUAUUGAUGAGGAGGAUGCUUUGGAAGCAGAGGAGGCUGAACAAGAAUUGUUAGAAGCUAGCAUAAACCAACCAAGAGCUGAUAUUCUACCAACCGAAGAAGAAUUAGAAUUGAUGGCCGACCAACCACCUGAUUUGACAGCAGUAAGAACUAGAAUCUUAGAAAUUGUCAAGGUAUUAGAGGAUUUCAGGAACCUUGCCGCUGAAGGAAGAUCAAGAACCGAAUAUAUCGAUAGAUUAUUGAAAGAUAUUUGUUCUUACUUUGGUUAUAGCCCAUUCUUAGCUGAAAAAAUAUUUAAUUUAUUUUCCCCAGCUGAAGCUUUAGAAUUUUUUGAAGCAAAUGAAGUUCCAAGACCAAUUUCAAUUAGAACUAACACUUUGAAGACAAGAAGAAGAGAUUUGGCUCAAGCUUUAGUCAACAAAGGUGUCAAUUUACAACCAAUUGGUGCAUGGACUAAAGUCGGUUUACAAAUUUUCGAUUCUCAAGUCCCAAUUGGUGCUACUUCAGAAUACUUAGCUGGUCAAUAUAUUUUACAAGCUGCCUCAUCAUUUUUACCAGUUGUUGCACUAGACCCACAAGAAAAUGAACGUGUUCUUGAUAUGGCUGCUGCUCCAGGUGGUAAAACCACUUAUAUUUCAGCUUUAAUGAAAAAUACUGGUUGUGUUUUUGCUAAUGAUGCCAACAAGGCCAGAACAAAAUCUCUAAUUGCCAACAUUCAUCGUUUAGGUUGUACCAAUACCAUAGUUUGUAAUUAUGAUGCUCGUGAAUUCCCAAAAGUUAUUGGUGGUUUUGAUAGAAUUUUAUUAGAUGCUCCAUGUUCUGGUACCGGUGUUAUUGGUAAAGAUCAAUCUGUCAAAUCUUCAAGAACCGAAAAAGAUUUUAUUCAAAUUCCUCAUCUUCAAAAGCAAUUGCUACUAUCUGCAAUUGAUUCUGUCGAUGCUAACUCUAAAACUGGUGGUGUUAUUGUUUACUCAACUUGUUCUGUAGCUGUAGAAGAAGAUGAAGCUGUUGUAGAUUAUGCAUUAAGAAAGAGACCUAAUGUUAAAUUAGUCGAAUCUGGUUUGGCAAUUGGUAAGGAAGGUUUUACAAGCUUUAGAGGUAAGAAGUUUCACCCAAGUUUGAAGUUAACUAGAAGAUAUUACCCUCAUACUUAUAAUGUUGACGGUUUCUACGUUGCCAAAUUCCAAAAGAUUGGUCCAUCUCCUCAUGAUGAUAACCAAGCAAGUGCAAGAGAAAAAGAAGCUGCCGCAAGAGAAGAAGCUCUUGAAGAAGGUAUUAUUAAUGAUGACUUCGCUUCAUUUGAUAACGAUGAAGACAAAAAAUAUAUGGAAAAAUCAAAGAAGAUUGGUUUGUUAAAGAAGGGUGUAAACCCAAAGGCAACCAAACCUGCCAGUAAAAAAUAG